UCACCAGGCUAAUUGGGCCUGACAUUGCCGAGGCAUCUGCCAGAGGCCUGGGCUGAAGGACAGCUUCCCUGCCACAGCCUUCGUGCUCUGAGGAGGCCCUAGUGAGGACCAUGAUGUGGUUUGUAUCACUUCCCACCCUUCUGUGUGUGGUGACAGUGUCCUUCUCAGAACCCACAACCUGUGAAGAUGCCCAGAAGGCCUGUUCAGUGAUUGCCUGUGGCAUCCCGGUCACCAAUGGCACCCCAGGCAGAGAUGGGCGAGACGGAGCCAAAGGAGAAAAAGGAGAACCAGUUACGGAAACUAAGCUGGCUAACUUAGAGAGAAAGCUGAGGAGCAUGGAGGCAGAACUGGACCGCAUCAAAAAAUUGCUAACCUUCUCCUUGGGCAAGAGAUCUGGAAAGAAGCUCUAUGUGACCAACGGUGAAAAGAUGCCUUUUUCCAAAGUGAAGGCUCUGUGCGCUGAGCUCCAGGCCACCGUGGCCACCCCCAAGAAUGCUGAGGAGAACUAAGCCAUCAUGGACGUGGCCAAGGACAAUGCCUUCCUGGGCAUUACAGAUGAAGUGACUGAAGGCCAGUUUGUGUAUGUGACAGGAGGGAGGCUGACCUAUAGCAACUGGAAGAAGGAUGAGCCUAAUGACUUUGGCUCAGGGGAGGACUGUGUGAUCCUUCUAACGGAUGGGAUCUGGAAUGAUAUCUCAUGCUCUUCCUCCUUUGUGGCCGUCUGUGAAUUCCCAGCCUGAAGAGGCAGUUCCUCAGCCCCUCUUUGGCUCUGCUGAGCUCUCUGCUGCCCUAAAAGAAAUUUCAAUGAUGUUUUUCUCA